CCUUUAAACUUGCAUCAAACAGAAAUCGUGCGAGCCUGGCCCCGGGCCCGCGGCGUGGCGCCACUCUCCACACCGCCGCGGCGGCUGCCAAAGCGAGCGCGCGGCUCGAUGUUCGAAGCGCGGACUCUGAGGCCACAGCCACCGCUGACAGCAGCCCCGGUGCCGCUGAGCAGUCGCGUUCCGCGCGGCGCUCUUCCCAAGUGCGAAGCAUGCCACUCCGCGUGGAAACACUUCCGCCGCAGCCGCUGUCCACCUGUGGCUAACGAUUGCCUCAAAGGAACAUGACGUCGCAACCCGGAGCGCCCGUCCGCAGGACGGGCCAAACCGCUCGCACGUUUCUUAUUCUUCUUAUCUCGCUCACCUUCCCCAGUGCUUUGUGUCAGGUGCUUCAGCACAGCAAAAUUUCUUUGCCCGGAGCUGCGCUAGAAACGAGGGAGGAGGCGCUGAAGCUGAAAGGGCCACACCGUCCGCCCGAGAUCUUGGUGCUCGCGCCGGAUGACGACAUGUUUCCUUACUCGUUGCACAAGGUCGUUCCCGCGGUGAUGGUAGCCGUCGAUUAUCUACAGCACAGCAGAAACCUCACGCUCGUGGUCAACUACAACAACACCAACUGUUCGUCGUCGCACGGGCCGCUACUGGCGUUCGACCACUACAUCGCUGGCAAGGUGGACGUUUUCCUGGGGCCGACGUGCUCGUACGUGCUGGCACCAGUGGCGCGCUACAGCGCCGAGUGGGACCUGCCCGUGCUCACGUCUUCCGGCCAGAACGACAACUUCGACAUGAAGCACCCAAACUACCGCCUGCUGACUCGCAUGAACGGCUCCUUCACCCAAGUGGGGCAGCUUUUCAUCGAGACGCUGCGUCGCUUCGGCUGGCAGGUGGUCGCGUUCCUCUUCCACGAGUUCCGCGAGCGCACCAAGGGCCACUCGGACUGCUUCUUCAACCUGGCUGCUGUUUUCAACGCUCUCGGGGGUGGGCAAAUGUUUCACCAGAAGUUUGACGAAGAGGAUCCGAGCCUAAACCUCGAAACGCUCAUGCAACAGGUGGCACGUAACGCUAGAAUCGUCGUCAUCUGCGCAUCACCCGACACGGUGCGAGAGAUUAUGCUCACAGCAGAUGAUCUUGGCAUGGACAACGGCGACUUCGUAUUUUUCUCCGUGGAAUUAUUCACCACGCGCAACACGAGCAACACGCGGCCCUGGUACCGGGAGACCGACACAGCAGAGCGCAACCAUCGCGCUCGGAAAGCCUACGAGGCGCUGCUCGUGGUGCAGACGCGAAUCCCCGAGACGUCCGAGUUCUCGCACUUCAAGCAGGCCCUGCAGGAGACAGCUCGCAAGGAGUUCGAGUUCGACUACAACACGGACGAGGUGAACCCUUUUGUCUCCGCCUUCUAUGAAGCCGUAAUUCUGUACGCCCUGGCCAUCAACGAAACCAUAAUCGACGGCAUGCCCAUCACAAAUGGAAGUUACAUUACACAAAAAAUGUGGAACAGAACAUUUGAAGGAAUCACGGGCGCAGUGAGAGUGAACGAGAAGGGAGACCGAGACUUGGACUACUCGAUCCUGGACAUGAACCCAGAGACAGGCCAAUAUCACGUGGUUGCCAACUACUUGGGAAUGCGGCACGAGUUCGUGGACGUGCCCAAUCGCACCAUUCACUGGGCCGGAGGGCGCACCUCGCCUCCUCCCGACGUACCCCGCUGUGGAUUCGAUGGAUCGCAGUGCGCCGAUGAAAGCCAAGGCAAAUACAUGAUCAUCACCUCAGUACUUGGAACCCUGAUGAUCAUAGUCUGCCUCGCCUCCUUCUUCGUUUACAGGCAUUUUAAGUUGGAAGCGGAGCUUGCAUCCAUGACAUGGAAAAUUCGGUGGGAGGACAUCAAUCAAACACUCUCCAACAAGCACGGGGCCUUCGGAUCAAGAAUCAGCUUCGGAAAAGCGGGUAGCAGCACGUCGUCAGAAACGCUGGCACUGCGAAAUGACAGACAGAUGUUCAUUCGAACUGCCUACUACAAGGACACCCUCGUGGCAAUUAAGCCAUUGAACAAGGCAAGGAUAGACAUCAACAGAUCCCUUCUUCUGGAGCUGAAAUACAUGAAAGACCUCCAGCAUGACCACAUUGUUCGGUUCAUUGGAGCUUGCAUUGAUCCACCGCACUGUUGUCUUGUCAAGGAGUACUGCCCGAAAGGAAGCCUUCAGGACAUCCUGGAAAACGAGGAGAUUAAGCUGGACUGGAUGUUUCGCUUCUCCCUCAUGCACGAUCUUGUCAAAGGCAUGGCGUACCUGCACAACAGCGAGAUUCACAGCCACGGUAACCUGAAGUCGUCGAAUUGCGUGGUCGACAGCCGUUUCGUGCUCAAGAUCACAGACUUUGGGCUGCACAACUUGCGCGCCUACGACGAGAACGAGAACGAAGACACUUACGCCUACUGGAGGAGGAAGUUAUGGACAGCACCAGAGCUUCUACGAUCCCCGGAAGCCCCCGUCAGCGGGACGCAGAAAGGGGACGUUUACUCGUUUGCAAUCAUUUCGCACGAGAUCGCCGUUCGCCAAGGAGUUUUCUACUUGGGAAAUAUUGACAUGAGCCCCAAAGAGAUCGUGGAACAAGUGAUAUCUGAAUCCAAACCCCUUUUCCGGCCUGUGUUCGACGAAGUCGAGUGUCCGGACGAAGUUCGACUACUUAUCACAAAAUGCUGGGCUGGAGACCCAAAUGAGAGACCCGACUUUCAGUCUUUGAAACCGCUUAUCAGAAAGCUGAAUAAAGAAUCCGAGAGCGGGAACAUCCUGGACAACCUCUUGUCACGGAUGGAACAGUACGCCAACAACUUGGAGUCUCUCGUGGAAGAAAGAACUGCUGACUACCUCGAAGAAAAGAGAAAAGCCGAAGAUCUACUUUACCAGCUCUUGCCUAAAUCAGUAGCGAGCCAGCUCAUUAAGGGUCAAGCGGUCCGUGCUGAAUCAUACGACAACGUCACCAUUUACUUUAGCGACAUCGUGGGAUUUACAUCGCUAUCUGCCCAAAGCACUCCUAUGCAGGUGGUGGAUUUGCUCAACGACCUUUACACCUGCUUUGAUUCUGUGAUUGAAAGCUUCGACGUCUACAAGGUAGAAACCAUAGGCGACGCUUACAUGGUUGUCUCUGGCUUGCCGGUCAGGAACGGCAUCAUGAAUGCACGUGAAAUUGCUAGGAUGUCACUUGCACUCCUCAAGCAAGUGCUCUCCUUCAAGAUUCGGCACCGGCCAGGAGAGCAGCUGAACUUACGCAUUGGCAUUCACACUGGGGCAUGUGCAGCGGGUGUUGUUGGAUUGAAAAUGCCACGGUACUGCCUUUUUGGGGACACUGUGAACACGGCUUCAAGAAUGGAAUCGAAUGGACUGCCGCUUAGGAUACAUGUCAGCUCAUCGACAAAGGAAGUUUUAGAUACAUUCAAAACGUUUCAGCUGGAGCUACGCGGCGAAGUCGAAAUGAAGGGCAAGGGCAAGAUGACGACCUACUGGCUGCUUGGUGAGCAAGAUAGGGACAACAGCUCCACCGGUCCCCUCACACCUACGGCCCCAUCGACAGAAGUGCGCAAGGAGACCAAAAUAUGACCCCCAAACUGCGUAAAGUUUGCUGCGUCAGCGCCGUCCGCCGCUCAAUCCUGACAUUCACGCGCUGAGCAGUGCGCCCACCAUCGUGUUCUCUGCGCCGGCACCAUUUUCUAGCUCGACACGGACGCCUCUCAGACAGCGGCUUCGGUGAUGUUGUGUUGUGCCCACGUACUUGAAACAGUGAAAAACGAAUACCGACUUCGACCUACGACGCUCUCCUCAUGUGGCGCCAAAGACACCGGCGUCCAGCGGACGUUGUGUGCAUUUCUUCCGAUGGCUGGUGUGCUUUCCCAGAAACAUAGCAGACCGCUUGCCGCCUAUGAGAA